AUGCGGGGGGGGGUGUAUACUGUAAUAUGUGAGUGUGUUUACUGUGUGUGCGUGUGAAAUUUAAAGUUUAUAUACCAGAUGGCGUGGAUACUAGACUAGAGUUAAACUCUCCAGUUUGUUUUAAGAUACGGACGAAGUAUGUCCAGCGUCUUAGAGAAGUGACAAUGAAAACAGUGUUCUAUAACCAUGAAAUAUUCGUGGAUUUGUUAUGUAUAUAUCUCAGUUUUGGUGGGAGGAAUAGUGAACACAGCAGGUCUACAUCCAGUGGAUCCAGAAUUGGCGGAAAGAUCUGCAGCAGAGACGGCGGAGUCCGCUGUUUUUAUUUUUCCCAGUAUGAAAAUGGAUCUUCUUAGCCUGGAUACCAAGUUUCCGUUUAUUGAAGUGAAGUAUCGAGGAGAACCACCCAGGUUUGGAGAGCAGUUGAAUCCUGCUCCUGUUUAUUCUGAACCCAUUGCACUGACGCCUCAAGAUAAGGAUAUACCAUAUGGAGGCCAGGUUUCUCAAACAAAAGAUGAGGAAAUUGAAAGUAGAAGUUUACCUGAGGAAAACAAUAAACCUGGAGUUGAGACGUUCAAUGCUGUAACAUCUCAACCUCAUCUAGAGAUUACUCCAGGAAGAGGAUCAUGGUCCUAUAAUAGCAUCGUCCUAACAGCCCAAGCUGGUUUACAACCUCAACAUGUUCCAUUGACCGCAGAAGAUGACCUCACUCCUGAAUCUUCGGAGCGGGUCAUAUCCACACAUACCUUAAGUCCGAUCGAGGAAAGUGACAAAUCGAGAAACUAUAAAUCUCAAGGUGAUAAACCUCCCAAGAUAUUAAGUUCUCUGGUUUCAAGUUCUGAAGCGGUAGUUAUUCCAGCACUAACCGAUGGUGAUAUCGAUAAUACGAUUAAAUCUAGUUAUACACCAAGCCUUGGUGAGUUUAAACAUCUGUUACAAAACUCUAACGACUAUAAACAAUGGUUAGCAAACAAAUCCAGAUUUCUCAGAGAACUUGAAAGAAGUUCUACGAUAGAGGAAGUUACCGGAAAAUUUCCGCACUUUCCUGAUAGGAAAAGUGGUGUUGAACCGGAAAUGAAUGUUCUCGAUAAAAAUGCAGAUGUUCUUAGACCACAAAGAGAAUCUAUUCAUUCUGGUGGUAGUUCCCUGCCAGUUUACAAGGACGGUGAUACUCUUUACUUGAUACCCAGUAAAGAGAAAGAAUCAACAAAACAAAUAAAAACCACAGCAAGACCAGACUUUUCUACAACAUCCCUUAGACCUAGAACAACCAUCAAAAUUUCCCAACUUACUCCCCGAACUCCAUAUUCAGCUCAUAUCUUUACAUCUCCUUCUUACUCCCGUACAAAACCCACCAUGGGUCCUUUGUUGACAAGUCCUCUACCUCCCUUGCCACCUGGAUAUGAAUUAGUUCCCAUAAGCCAACUGACUCCUGAGCACGAGGUUGUUCCUUGGGAACAACUUCCAAGAUUAAUGGAGGAACAUAAUCUAACACUGGAACACUUUUCUUUAGGUCCGUUUCAACAUUCAUCAAAAUCAAAUCCUUCCCAUCAGACCACAAUAUCCUCCCAUUAUACUACUCACAACACAAGAUAUGAAACAACAGCAAACCCCUCUCUGUACUCUACACCAACGGUAUACUUAAAGUCCACUCAAAAACAAGUUUAUGAGGCUUCAUCAACAACCAAAUCUAAUUAUGGGAUGACACCAAUGUAUGAUUCCACUAAAACCCCGCUACAUGAAUCCUCUCCCCACUCUGAAUAUGUAUCCACUCCUAAACCUAUCUAUCAAUCAUCCGAAAGUCCAGCAUAUAUAUACACACCUAGCCUUUAUGGAUCUCAAACGAGCCCUGCCUAUGGAUCUACUCCUAAACCUUUCUAUGGGUCAACUCCAACUCCUAUUUACAACUCAUCUCUAAAACCUGCAUACGGAUAUCCAACUCCUUCUUAUAUAUCAACUUCAAAAUCUAUAUAUGUUUCCCCAACUCCUCGAGGUUCACCUGCUUCUGUUGAAAGCUCUACUCCAAAAAGUUAUUAUCGCUCUUCUCCGGUUCCUAAAUUGACAUUUGUUUCCUCAACUCCUCACUCACUCAUUAACUUUCCUAUAGGUGGGAUUAUAUCACCUCAUAUGCCACCACCAGUGUCUCAAGACGUUGGAGGAUUUUUUACACAAAAUGAACACAGUUUGUAUUCUCCCAAACACGGACAUCCUGCACCACCCAGCUAUCCAAAACCCAAGUCAAUACAUUUUGGAACGGAUUUUGCAAACUCUUAUUCUGAUAACAAGUUCAAGUAUGAUCCGACAAUUUCUCCGUCUGAAAUUUCAGGUUCAGAUAAACACAACUCAAGGGCUCCAGUUUACUACCCUCCUGGUUUAUCUCCAAGUUCUGUGCCUCGGCUGACCACACCACACUCUUUUGUACAGACAAGUUUUAAUCCCUCUCUUGGGCCUAAAUUUAAAACUGACAAUAGCAUGACCACUCCAUUUACUCACUUUUUGAAGAAACUUCACAAUUCUCCAGGUCCUUUAGAUCCUCCUCGUAAAGUAAGCACACCACAGUCUAAAUUUGAUUUUGCAGAUAACACUUCAACCAUCCCUGCUCCAACUCAAGAACCUCUUAGUAUACUACCUCCACCAAUGCCGCACCAUCUUUCCCAUCCAAAUCUAAAACAUCCAACUUACUUUGAUGUAGCUCAACAGGUUCAAGUCCAUGUUAAUCAUCAUUCAAACCCUUAUCCUGUCCCAAACCCCAUUGAACCAGAUCAGUCUACUCCUUCACAACCGGAUCUAUUUCUUGAAAUGACUCCUCGACCAGAGAUAAAUUCAAACCAAGACAAGGAUUUAGAAAUAAGCUUAAAUCUUCCCAGAAAAAACGAGGAACUUAAUAUUGAUAAGAUUCCACCACAAGUUCAAUUUUUUCCAACACGACCUUCUGUGGUUAAAUCGACCAUAAAAACUACUCAUGUUGCAGUUCUCAUGCCACAAGAAGCAGUCCCAUCCCUUGACAAUCUACAACUGAAUGAAAAUGAUGGUAUUAAGGAGAACAGACAGAAGGAAUUCGAGGAAAUCAAGUUAUCUCCAUUUCCAAGUUUUGUGGAAAAAUCACCAUCUAUAAGUGGUAAUCAGAAGGAGCUAGAUAGAUCUUCAACAAUAAUUCCAGAAACCGUAACAAAAGAAACCAGGAAUAAAAUGCGAUCUUCAACUGAGAAACAAACCUUCAGAAAGAAAGGUCGGCUGAAGAUCCGGCCAAACCCUACCAUAUCGACAAGGACAAAUUUUCAUCCCAUUCCAUCUGGUCCAAUUACUCCAUCCACCAACCUCCCCCAAGCCAGACCAAAUGUUCCUGAAUUAGAAAAUUCAUUCCAAUUGCCCUCCAACAGUCCUGCUCAGAAACAUGAACCACAAAAUAAACAAGCAGUCAUGGAUAAAGAUGAGUUAAUAGAAAUCAGUGGGAGCAAUGGACUAUGGGUUUCAAAAGAUAAAGUUUCAGCUGAAAACUCUCAACUAAAGAGAGAAUUUACUACAACCCAAAGUGGACCUCAGACCAAUUUUAAAGUUGCACUUCAUCCAGACUCCAGAGUUUGGCCGGCAAACCUUGCUCAGACAAAAUCCUUCGUUGAGGAGGAGAGAACCUCGGAACUGGAACCUCGGGAAAUUGUUAUUCAAUCAACAACCAUUUCAACAUCUAGGGUAGAGCUUAAACAAUCUACAACUCCUUCAACAAUUACAGAAAUUCACACAACUCUUGGUAAUCCUUUAAACUUAUUAAAGGAGCUAAGAGAACAGGAUGACGAGAAUAAAAAAGAUAUUUUGAUCCAUAAUAAAGGAAAAUCACCUAACUUUUCAGAUAUGGAUGCAGCCUCUUCACUUAAUGAAUCACAAACAUCAAUUGUUUCAAAUAAUAAAGUUAGUUCGGAUGAUAUGAAAGAACUAGCCAAACUCAUGAAACUCAGAAGGCGGAAGCUGAGACAGAGAGCAAAAUCUUUAAUGUCUGCCAUGGAAGACAUGAAUGACAAUGAACCUUUUGUUGUUCUACCUAUGCAUCAGGUUAAUCCUCAUCUGAAAAUAGACGUAGACGAAAUUUUUGACCCAGACAAACAUCCGGGCGUUAAAAGAAUCUCAGCAUAUGAUUUUGAACAGAUGUUAAAUAGCAAUGGAAGCAUAACUGUUGCCGAUAACAAGUUUCAAGAAAUGCUGUCAGAGAUAACAACAUUUGAAUCUGAUAUAGAACCAGAGACCAUAAAACCCCUUGCAGAACAGAUGGUGACCGAUGAAAGCAAAGAAACAAUCUACAAGCUGAAAGAGGAAAUUGAAAAGUUGACAAGAACCUUGCAGGAGUUUCAGUUAGCUCCAGGGCACAGGACAGAGCAAGAUGAUUACAUUGAUUUUGACAUUGAUGAUGACAUCACUGCUAGAACUGCAAACUCUGAGAAUAUUAAAAGAAUUUCUCUCAUGGAAGCUUCUGAUGGUUCGAACAAUCUGGAAAUAGAGGAAACCUUCACUUCUGCUCCGCCCUCUUCAUUAAUACAGUACAAUACACCUUCUGUUAAACUAAUUAAAGAUUUGACGACGAAGGAAGACGUGACUUCUCAUGGUAAAGAAGUUGGAUCUACUGGUAUCCUAGGACUGUUUGAAACUAUUUCUCAACUUGACGCUGAUACACAAAACAACUUUGCCGUCACUCGUUUUAACUCUGUUGGUAGUUCAGUUGGGUUAGAGGAAAAGGAUGUUAGUCCUCGUCUUCAAGAUGUUCAAGAUAAAAUGGAAGAGAUUCAAAAACAAAUUGAAGAAGAAAAAAGAUGGGAAGAAAUUAAAAAAGUUGAAAUAGAGCAAAUCGCAGAAAGUCAACGUUUAGAAAAGCUUAAGCAAGAGGAGAUAAUGAAAAAAGAAAUACGCGAGAAAGAAUUGAAAAAAAUAGACGAUCUUAAACGAUUGGAAGAAAUGAGACGGAUGGAAAAGAAGAGAUUGGAUCUGUUGAGACAAGAAAAAGAGAAAAUUAAUUUGGAGGAAAUUAUUCGUCGAGAAGAAGAGAGAAAAGAGGAGGAACGGAAAUUCCUUUUAGAAAAACAGAAAGAAGAGGAAAUUAAUCAAAAGGAAAGAUACGAGGAACUACAAGAGAAGCUUAGAAUUCAGGAACAGGCAAAUAUAAAGCAAGCAAACGAGGAGUUACGGAAACAGCAGAUGGAGAAACUAAAAAUAUUUGAUCUUGAACGAUUAUUUGAUGAUCAAAAAUCUGUUCAUGAGCAGGAAAUGGAGCAAAUAUCAUCGACUCAGUCUACUAAAAAGAAACCAAAAAUAACUCCAACCAGAAACAAGAAUGAGAAUGAUUCAAUCACAAAGUUUAACUCUGACUUAGAUCUAGCUCAACAAUCUGAGACCUCAGACUCCAACACUAAACCCGGUGUGGCGUUUGCAAGUAUCACUAUAGAAGAUGUUGGGAACUCACAUGAUUAUGAGGUUAACAGAGGAAUAGUUAAGAUAAAAAGAGGAAAAGAGAAUGAAAAUGUUCCCGACUACGAAUAUGAGUAUUAUGAGGCCAGUCCCGAGGAUAUACAGUUCCCGGUUGGACCACAGCUGGUUCAAUCACACGAGGACAAUCUGGAAAAAUUAUCCAACAAAGAUCUUCUUCUUAAGCUUCUCAAGGAAAGCAACAACUUUCAAAAUGGUGAAUUUUUAUCUAAACUGAAGAAAAUCAUUCUUGAAAAAGCAGAGGCAGGAAAUACAGAGGCAGGAAAUACAGAGGAAGAAUUACUUGGACUUUCGGAGGCAGACAAAGGAGACCCUUAUUUACGAUCCAUAGACGGAGGGGGAUGGUCCCCCUCGCAACCUGGUAAGAGACGGGUAGUAGAAGAGGAAAAGGGACCUGUCUGGCCCUCCAGAAACUCCAUUAAACCUCCCUCUGACCAGGGGGAACUAGUGCUGCAUAGCUUUCUUCCGAGCAAACAGGUUCGAUUUCCCGUUAACAGAAGAUCUGAUCCUGGGAUUGGAGAGGUUGUACUUCUUACAGAUGUUGAGAGGAAAAAAGCCACAUCAAUAUCUGGAUUCAAACAAGAAGAAGGAUUUGUUGGAAGCGAACCUUUAUCCAGCUCUGGAUACAAUAUUCUGCCUAACUCCGACAAAAGUGCUUCCUUAAGUUUUGGCAAUGGUGGGUCGGAUACCCUUUACUCCGGAUACGGGUCUAGGGGAAAUAGUGAUAUACUAUCAAGAGUAGAUAUAAGCAGCAAUGAAGAGUUUGUUGUUGGAACUAGUCUCACCAUGGGAGGAUCCAGUUCUAGCUCAUCAAGUUCCGAGGGUUCUUUUUACAAUUCUGGAGGGGAAGGUUACGGUAUAGCUGACAAGUUGGAGAAUGAGUUGAUAAAGAAAGUACCAAGUGCGUCAUUAGACUCAGGAUUCGGAAUAGUGACCCCAAUCCAGCUCACUGAUCCCGUCGUACGUGAACCUCCAUUACAGUCUGGAUCCAAAAGGUCGGACAGCUCUAAAUUAGCUGAAUUACUAAAGCUUCGGGCUGCUAUUCAGAAAAUGAAAAACAAUCAAUCCCAACAACAAGGCAACAACUUCUUCCUUCAAACCUUUAACAAUUACGGAAAUAACGAAGGGACAGAGGUAUACGCAGACCUUAGAAUGGAACAAAGCAAGAAAAAUCUGCUUACUCUUCCUACAGAUCCAAACCAGAUGUACAUUAAGAAGGGACAAAAUGGUCCUACAGCGGAAGUUAUUUUGUAUCCUAUGGGGCAGCUGCUUUCAGGUCCCUUGGGCCAACAGUUUACUCAUCGCAACCCAGAUGAAACAAUAUACGAGCGAAGUGUAAAAGUUAAGGAUGAGGUUUCAAGCGGGAGCGGAGAUGGGUCUGUGGAGUCUGAGAGUCCUAAAGGAAUCUUGCAGACAAUAAUGAGAUCAGCACAGGAUGAUUUUAAGAUUGUAGGGAACGUGUUUAAACAUCUUACAGGAUCCGAAACUAAAUAGCUCAAGGAUGUAUCUUUGCAUGGGGAAACCCUGACAGGAUUAAAAAGUUCAAUAAUCAUAAAUGUAAUAUAUUAAUUAAUGUUUAUUUUAAACUAGGUUACAGGUUAAGAAUUAAAAGUCAAGGGAUAAAAGUAAUGUUAUUUGGCUUUAUUAAAAUUAUUGACGUCGCUAGUUUUCGAACUAUGACAUCAGACUUAGUCCAUGAUUUUGAUUCUAUCACUUCUAGUUUAUUAUUUUAAGAAUAUAUUCUCUUUGAAAACCAUCAAGAAUCUUAAACUAAUGUUGUUGACAAAUUGUGCCUGAAAAAAAACAUAAACUACAGUCCAUUUUACAAUAUGAAUAAUGUCCACUUAUUAUUAUUUUCAAGAUCGUGUUUUCUGUUUUGAAAACCCUGAAAAGACAGAGGGGGGAUAAGUGUAACAUGUUCAUGAGUGCUAACGUUUUAAAGCCAGCUCAUUUUUUUAAUAAAAAAAACUAGGUUAAAGGAAUUGAGUUUUUGCCACAACCUCAAAUUUUUUAAUCCCU